CUCUCCUCUCCUCCUCUCUCAGAUGACAUAUUCUCUUUCUCGAGAGACCCAUUCCUCAGAUUCCAUCGGAGGAUGACGACGCCGGAGAAAUAUCUGGCAAGAUUUCUCACCAUCCAAGAAUGGGACGCUCUCAUCGAAGACUUCCGUCUCUCCGGCAGUCCUCGCGAUUGGUUCGCCGCCGCUUUCCCGGUGACUUCUCUGGCGGACCUCGCUCUCACCUCUCUCCUCAGGAAGGACUUCUCUCCUCAGGUAAAGCUCUCGAUCCUCGUCUUUCUGGACGAAUUUUCUGCGAUUUUGUUCGAGGGUUGUAGCCCCGAGACUUUCGAUCGCUUCGUCGAUGCUCUUCGUGUCAUCGUUCAGUCUCCGACGGAUGGGUCAUCAGGGUUGAAGGAGCAAGCGAUGGUUUCUUCUACUUCGGUACUUGUUUCCGUUGAUUCGGUCUCUUUUGGUCACGUUGAAGCGGUCGUCGAUUUGCUCCUCGCCCUCGUGAAUCGUCCCAAUCAUGGGUUUGACCGCCACGCACGUGCUGUUGCGUGCGAGUGCCUCCGGCAGCUCGAGAGGGCAUUUCCCGGUUUGCUCUCUGAUGUCGCCGGUCAUCUUUGGUCGCUUUGUCAAGCGGAGAGAACCCACGCCGUACAGUCUUAUCUUCUGUUGUUUACCACUGUGGUUUACAAUGUGGCUAAUCAGAAGUUGAGCGUUUCGCUUCUCAGUACCUCUGUACCAUUGGUUCCUUUCAAUGCGCCUGCUUGGAUGAAGGAUCAGAGUUCUGGUUUUGGUCAUGGUCCGGGAUCAGAGCCAAAUCCGAAGGAGCUUAGACGAGCAUUGGCUUUUCUAUUGGAGUCUCCUUAUUUGUUCACGUCUUACGCUAUGAUGGAAUUCAUGGGUAUGGUAAUGCCACUUGCGUUGGCAUUGGAGUUGCAGGCUUCUAUGUUGAGGGUUCAAUUCUUUGGCAUGAUAUAUUCAUUUGAUCCGAUGCUCUGUCAUGUUGUCUUGCUCAUGUAUUCUCAGUUUCCUCAUGCUUUUGAUGGGCAAGAGAAAGAAAUCUUGAGGCGUCUUAUGCUUCUCUCAAAGGAAACCCAGAUUUAUCUCGUUUUCCGUUUGCUUGCUUUGCACUGGUUAACGGGUUUGUUGAACAAGAUUUUGUUGUCUGGAGAGGUUGAGAAGAAGAAAUCAAUUCCUGGGAUGGGUCAGAGGUUUCAUCCGGAUGUGUUUGAUCCACUCGCUUUGAAAGCAAUGAAACUUGAUUUGCUGGUGAAAUGUUCUGUUCGUUCCAAUGGUUUAGGUGAGGGUGAUAAUGGAAAAUCUUUGGCGAAGUUGUUGCCAGAUCUUUUGAUAUGUGUUUCGGAUUUCAAAUGGUUGCCUCCGUGGAGUUCAGAGACUGCAGUGGCAUUCCGUACAUUACAUAAGUUUCUGAUUGGUGCCUCAUCCCACUCUGAUUCCAGCCCUUCCACCACUAGAAUCCUCAUGGAGUCUACAGUCUUCCAAAACUUGCAGGGAAUGCUGGUGGAAAUGGCUCGGGUGUAUGAAAAUUUGGUCCCGGUUGUAGUGGCUUUUAUUGACCGAUUGAAACACUGCCAGAUACAUCAGUGGUUAGGGGAGGGGCUUCUUCAGACAAUCGAUGAGAAACUGCUUUCCAAACUUGAAAAAAGAAAAAAGUUAACGGCUUACUUCCCGCUCUUCCAUCGGAUUGCUGAGAAUGAUACUAUACCUCCUCGUAGAUUGAUAGAGUUGCUUACAAACUUUGUUAUUUCACAUGGUGAAAAGCAUGGCCAUGGCAUGGGAUUGAAAUCAUGGGCUCAGGGAACCGAAGUUCUUGGAAUUUGCCGAACUUUGUUGAUUCACCAUAAGAGCUCUAGAUUAUUCCUUGGACUAUCUCGUCUUCUAGCAUUCACAUGUCUCUAUUUUCCUGAUCUUGAGGUCCGCGACCAUGCAAGGAUAUAUAUGAGGAUGUUGGUCUGUAUUCCGGGACAGAGGAUAAGGAGCAUCUUGAAAACCGCCGUGGGUGGUGUCUCUCCAUCAUCUCAUUCCUCUACCUUCUUCAGUGUGCAAAGUCCUCGAUAUCAUCAUGACCCUGACAAAUCUAGGAGCCUUCCAUCCUAUAUUCAUCUUGAGCGGGUUACACCCCUACUCGUCAAACAAUCUUGGUUGUUGUCUUUUCCAUCUUUAGGUGUCGGGACUGGUGGAUAUAGUGUUAAGGACAGCAAUAUUCAGGUAGAUGAGCCUGAUAACAGUCAAGACUUCCAGAUUAUUCCAGAAGGUCAAAGAAUUGAAUCAGGAAGUCGCACACUUAGGGUGAUUGACUCAAAGAUUGCAUCAGUUCUCAGAAGACUUGGAAGAUAUUUCUCUGUGAUUCCUGAUUACAGACACACGCCCGAGAUUAAGGUCCGGAUAUUCUGUACUUUGAGAUUUGACGCUGAGCCAUUUACCAGAAUUUGGGGUGACCAAAACCCGGGUAAUGAGUUUGAAAAAGUUGAAUCGCCUCCUGCCAUAUUCGCGACUGUGCUCAAAUUUUCGUCUUCAGCAUCAUAUGGUUCUAUUCCAUCAAGUCGCAUACCUUUUCUUCUUGGUGAGUCUCGUCAGAACGGGAAUAUACUUGGUAAUGAAGCUCCUUUGGACAUCGUUCCAAUAGAAAACACACCCGAAGAUGAGCAAGAUGGAUCCAGAGCGCCAGUGACAAUUGAAUUGGAGCCGAAGGAACCUACGUCUGGUUUAGUCGAGGUUUCAAUUGAAGCAAACGCAGAGAAUGGUCAGAUUGUUGAAGGGAAGCUGCAGAAUGUCCCUAUCGGAAUAGAAGACAUGUUCCUGAAAGCCCUUGUCCCACCCGACAUUCCCGAAGAAGCCAUACCGAGGUACUACUCAGAACUAUUUGAUGCUUUGUGGGAGGCAUGUGGUACAUCUUUCAGUACCGGGCACGAAGCAUUCGCAUUGAAAGGAGGAAAAGGAGUUGCAUCUAUCAGCGGGACUCGCUCAGUAAAGCUUCUUGAAGUUCCUUCCGGGUUCGUGAUUCAGGCCGCCGAGCAUUACCUUGCGCCAUUUGUUGUAAGCGUAACCGGUGAACGUCUGGUUAACGUCGUGAGAGAUGGAGGAAUCAUCGAGAACAUCGUGUGGAAAGAUGAAGAGGAAGAAGAGUACAAACGAGAUUCCCGAGCCAACCCUUCUACUGCAGGACUAGACAGAAGCCCUCUUAGACUGACUUACAUCGGUUACGGAGACGAUCAAGAAGUUGAGGCAGUAACCACAAGUAAACUGAAAAUGGGUAAUCUCCAUAUGCUCAUAUUUCUUCCUCCAAGGUUUCAUCUUCUCUUCCAAAUGGAAGUUGGUGAAUCUUCUACAUUGGUUCAUAUUAGAACCGAUCACUGGCCUUGUUUAGCUUAUGUUGAUGAUUACUUGGAAGCUUUGUUUUUACAACAAUAAACAAUUUUUGUUGGUCUCUUUUUAUUAUUUUUUGUACUCUUUUUUGUUUCAUGGAUGAAGAUAACUUAAAUGAUGUUUUGGGUUGAGAAAACUUUCUCGGGAAAGAGAUAAAUAUUCUGUGCCUUUUGUAAGAUAUCUAAUAGAUAUUUGUUGGGAAUAA